AUGGCGGACUCUCUAGACGAUAUAUCAGUGAAUCUCAGUACCACCAGCAUCAGUUCAGAUGAAGUAUCAGGAGUGUCUAAGAUUAAUGGAGAUGGGAGGGUGUUGUGGCGAUCUGACAGUCUUAUAGAGGGGUAUGUUGGCGGCAACACCAAACCAAUGUCAAAUGAGGUACGAAGAGCUAGGUUAGAAGAGGCGUUCAGAACUAUAAUAGAGUGUGUGGGAGAGGAUCCAAACAGGGGUGGGCUAAAAGAUACUCCAUCUAGAGCUGCCAAGAGCAUCCUCUUUCUUACCAAAGGUUACGAGGAGAAUCUAGACAUGGUGGUGAAGAACGCUAAGUUUGAGGAGGACUAUAUGGAGAUGGUUACUGUUAGGGAUAUUGAGUUCCACUCCCUCUGCGAACAUCAUCUCAUCCCUUUCUAUGGAAAGAUACACAUAGGUUACAUUCCUACUGGCAAAGUUCUGGGUCUCAGUAAACUUGCUAGGAUCGCUGAAAUGUACACUCGUAGAUUCCAGAACCAGGAACGAAUAACGAAGCAGAUAGCUAAUGCAGUGGUGGACGCUAUUAGACCCUCCGGUGUAGGGGUUAUCAUAGAGGGUAGUCACAUGUGCAUGUCCAUGAGAGGGGUACAGAAGUCAGGAGCGGAGACAUUGACCAGCACAAUGUUGGGAACAUUCCUGGACGAUCCCCGGACGAGAGACGAGUUUUUAAGAAUCUGCACCCGUAGGUAGAAACAAGAUGUAAUGCUUCCGAGUGGCUUUGAUACAUGUUGCAAGCCUCUUAUCACAGUAAUGAGGUAUACAAGGCGCGCGAAAUGAGGUAUACAACGUGUAUCAACAGUAGCAGACUCCGUGCGUGCCCGUUUCCUCGUAGAAUUCAAUACUGGAUGAGGAUUGAGGGGCGCGGAUAACGUCUAGGAGAGAAGGAAGUUUCUGAUUCUGAAUGUAGUUCCAAAUUAUAAGCAGUCGAUGACUUGACAAUUAAACUUCAUGUCGCACAACUGAAACUAGGUUAUCAGAUUUAGUAUUAUUUUUAUUUUUAUUUCAGUGCCGGUUGAUCCAAGUACAUUUUGUAGAUCAUAAUAUGUACAAGCUGUUUUUAAUUCAGGAUUUUAUUUCUGUCCUCAGCUUUAAGGGGUCGUUCACAUAUUACGUAA